CAUAAAACUUUCUCUCGACUUCUUUGUGGAAUUCCUCCUGCUGCUAUUUCCAGCUUCCACCACCGGACGCCAGCAGCUCUGCCGCUCGACAUGGCCACACCGAUAGCGUACCAGGCGAAUCUCCCGGCGGUGCCGGACUGGCUCAACAAGGGCGACAACGGGUGGCAGCUGGCGGCGGCCACGCUCGUCGGGAUGCAGAGCAUGCCGGGGCUGGUGGUGCUCUACGGGAGCAUCGUCAAGAAGAAGUGGGCCGUCAACUCGGCCUUCAUGGCUCUCUACGCUUUCGCCGCCGCCCUCAUCGUGUGGGUCCUCGUCGGCUUCCGCAUGGCCUUCGGCGAGCGCCUCCUUCCCUUCUGGGGCAAGGCCGGCCCGGCCCUCAGCCAGGGCUACCUCGUCGGCCGCGCCCGGAUGCUGGCCACCCCCCACCACUUCCGCAACGGUACGCUGGAGAAAGGGAUGGAAGAGCCCUUCUACCCCCAGGCCUCCCUCGUCUACUUCGAGUUCACGUUCGCGGCCAUCACGCUCAUCCUGCUCGCCGGCUCGGUGCUGGGUCGCAUGAACAUCAAGGCCUGGAUGGCCUUCGUUCCCCUGUGGCUCAUCUUCUCCUACACCGUCGGCGCCUUCAGCCUCUGGGGCGGCGGCUUCCUCUUCCACUGGGGCGUCAUCGAUUACUCCGGCGGCUACGUCAUCCAUCUCGCCUCCGGAAUCUCCGGCUUCACCGCCGCCUACUGGGUCGGACCGAGGUUGAAGAGUGACAGGGAGAGGUUUUCCCCCAACAACAUACUGCUGAUGCUGACCGGAGCCGGGCUACUGUGGCUGGGCUGGUCCGGAUUCAACGGCGGGGCGCCAUAUGCCGCAAACAUCACCUCGUCGGUGGCCGUCCUCAACACCCACGUCUGCGCCGCCACCAGCUUGUUGACGUGGACUUGCCUGGACGUGGCCUUCUUCGGGAAGCCGUCGGUCAUCGGAGCUGUUCAGGGCAUGAUGACCGGCCUCGUCUGCAUUACUCCCGGGGCAGGUCUAGUGCAGACAUGGGCAGCCAUAGUUAUGGGAAUACUAGCGGGCAUCAUCCCGUGGAUCUCCAUGAUGAUCCUCCACAAGAAAUCCGCACUGCUCCAGAAGGUGGACGACACCCUCGCAGUCUUCCACACCCACGCCGUCGCCGGAAUCCUUGGCGGCCUCCUCACCGGCCUCCUCGCCGAGCCCUCACUGUGCCGCCUCAUCCUCCCGGUGCCGGGCUCCAAGGGCACCGCUUACGGCGGCGGCUUCCUCCAGCUCGUCAAACAGGUGGUGGGCGCCCUCUUCAUCAUCGGGUGGAACCUCAUCUCCACCACGGCCAUUCUGCUGGCCAUCGCCCGGUUCACGCCGCUCCGGAUGCCUGACGACCAGCUCAUGAUAGGGGACGACGCGGCGCACGGGGAGGAGGCCUACGCGCUGUGGGGCGACGGCGAGAGGUACGACGCGACGCGACAAGUCACCAUGAUGCUGGCGGACGACUCCAGGCACCCAAUGAGAGACUCCAACACGGCAAGAGGAUUAACCAUCCAGCUAUAGAUAGAUAACAGUAGCUUGUGGUCAAACGUGCUUCUUCUUCUUCUUCUUUUUUACAUCGGUUUUCUGUCACGAUUCUCAAUGGGAUUCACAGUACGGUAAGGCACGGUCGAUGUGGGAAUGAGACUUUGGGUCUCAGCCCGCUUCGUCUCCGUCGUCGAGCGUCGGCGUCUUACGCCACCUGCCAACUACAUGUGCUGACCGACCUUUAGAAAAUGAGCAAGUUGGAAGAUGCAAGACGGAGACUCGUCAUCAGUCUCAACUUUGUUUCCUGGUCAACGGUGGCGUGUGGUCCAACUGCAGAAACGGAUCAAAGAGAAACGCCGCCCGCCGCCCAACACCCAACACCCACACCAACCAUAUAUAUAUAUUGUAAAUAAAGGACGUUUUUCUUAUAAAUUCUCAAUAUUUUAGAUAUUUUCCCAUCA